AUGGGGAAUUCACCCUCCCAGCCCUCCAUCGAGGCUUCGGGGAAGGGCUCGAAGUUUACUCAAAAGCUGUCCAAGCCUCGGGCGGCUACCGUUUCGACAAAUGACCUGUUGAGCCCCAAUGCCCCCCCCGACUUGACACGGCGCUCCUCCCUCACCAGGCGCCUCUCAUUGCCCUACGGCUCGACGCCUGCGUCCUCUCCGAGGCUCCCUAGAUUGCAUACCGAAACUAUGACGAGCCUGCUGGAAGGAAUCGAAGACUCGGAACCUGGAGAUCGCUCCUCGAGAUCACUCUUCCGCUCUAAUUCUUCCCAGGCAACACCCAGCCACCGGAGGAGUAACAGCGUUGGAGUCGUAGCUGAUUCCCGGGAUUCACGCCGUUUUAGCAGGGCAAACUCGGUCAGUGCUGCAUCAGAGAGCGCCUGUGCCUAUUCUCAAGUCAACCUUCAGGGUAGCUUGUCAGUGAACGGAUCGCGUACUUCGAUCAACUACGACAUGUUUUCCUACGAAGCAAAGCGGCUCCUGAACCUUGUCGAAGAGCCAUCACACGAGGAUAAUUCAGUAAUGCCGGAGAGCUAUUUGCAAGAGUCGGAUGCGAGACGGAAGACUCAUUCCAACCCUCUGAAGUCGCCCAAAUCCAAUCCAGUGUCAUCCUUGCCUCGUUCUACCUCCGACGUGUCUUUAUGUACACCGAUGCGAAGGAAGUCGCUCAUGGUACCUGGAGUCGCAACGCGGGCCCCACCAACAUAUCCUAACCCAAAAUCGAGGGCCAGAUACAGCCUUCCCUCGACUCCAGCUCGUCGAGAUUCGAUGGAGUCAAUGAGCGGGGGGAUGUUUUCCCUUUCUACAUUUACUGAGGAUCCCGCAUCGGUGCCGCGAGCACUGACGCCGUGUGAGGCGGAUUAUAAGCAGACGGGGGCAUUCAAGCUCGGCACCUUGCGAAUCACUAACGGCAGUCCAGUGAGCAGCCCAGCUAGCGAAGUUGGCAAUGAUCGAACGACUUGGAAGACACCUCAGCAACACCAGGGACAUGACUACUUCAAAGGCGCGCUGGUGGUCACCAAUGGCAGUGCUAAGAGCAAGGGAUACGUAGCGGAAGGAUUACAGGCCUCCAGUCGCGUCGCUAGCCCCAACCCUAUCGUAACGACAUUUGCUGGAACAGAGUUUGGGAGCUCCGCCUCAGCAGUGGCUUCUAAGUCGGAAGUUCACCCGCAGUACCUGCCUGUGAUCAUACAGAGCCCAUUGUCGGUACAUGAAGCCGAACCGAUGUCGCCCGCACUGCAGGCUACCAGUAAGCACAUGGCCGUUGAGGACGACUUGUUCGAAGAUGAGCAGCAGGAAUUCACCUCCGCCGAAGUCCUUGAUGUGCGGAUCGAUCUCAAUGCUCGGUCUCUCCCCCCUCGCCCACGACUCAUGCCGGAAGCGAAGAACUCCAAAGAGAUCAGCAGAUCAGAUAGCGGCAUUGUGGCUAGUCCAGCGUCUGAUGAAUACUCUCAUAAGCCCCUGUCCAAAGCCGACUCAGGCUACAGCUCCAACGUAUCUCUCCGCUCAUUUUCGCUGAAACCCAGAGGGCCAGAAAGAAGUUACCCUUUCACCCCUGAGGCGGAAAACCCCACUGGUGCUUCCUUUGAAGAGUACGCAACACCUCAAUUGGCGAAGCUCGCGACUAUUGCCUCCCACAAUACCGUCCCAUCACCAACCCGACACGCACCGCCGCCACCCGUGUCACAGAAAGAGCUUACACCGAAAGAGCCGACCUCCUAUUCGCGCCAGAGUCUGUGGCUCAUGGGUGCCAAGCACUCGGUCAAGAAGAGCGAGGCUCAGCGCCUUGCGGACGCGGAAAAUGGGAGACUGGAAUCUCCUGAGCCUUCUCCGUCAAGCCCGACCAGCUCAUCCACAUCGGCGUCCGCCUUGAGCAUCGGGAAUGGUUCUCGGAAAAGGCCCGGCAAGCUACAGAGGCUUCUGAGUGGAAGCCGUGUGCCUCUGGCCGUUCAUGCUACCCACCCUGCCGAGCAAGUGCCGGCGGUGCCUCCGAUCCCGAAAGACGUGCAAGCAAAGCUACACGAGCAUGCCGGGCUAUUGUCAAUGCCGUUCAAGAAACUUACUGUGCGGCCAGAAGCUAGCAACGAAACUCCAGGCAACAUCGCGAGUGUUAGCAAUGUCGCAGAGGUUCACGUCACUCACACACAGCCUUUGCAAGCUGCCCGCGACGAUAGUGGCGGCUGUCCGCAAUCCGAACCAGAUGCUUCAGGCCGAAAGCCGUCUUGGCUCACAGGCUCGAUCGGCUCUACGUUUACACGAGCAGCUUCCUCGGUCCUGGCCAAGAAAUCCAUCAUCAGAAAGCCAGUAUUUAACCGAAUGACCAGUGAGGAUGAAACUGUGGAAACCAUGCCGAAGCCACGGAGAGGGCGAAGUGCUCAUGCCAGUAGCCGAGCAGCACUGCAUCAGCGCGUCACUGGUGAUGUCCUCGAUCCCGCAGUUUUGGCAACCGCCAAUGAGAGGGAAUCAUCCUUCGCCCCGAGCCAUGUGCGAGGCCGUUCGAAAACUAUGAUUGUGCAAGUGCAAAAUUCCGGGAAGGAUCCAGACACAUCAUUUGCAGCAUUUCAGCGCAGUAUGGCACUAUCCGGACGCGAGUUACGCUCUCCAACCUCCCUCAACGUACCAACAGGCCCCCCGCACAUCGCAGGUUCCCGAACACCUCCACCUGUGAGUAUGAGAACUCGGAAUAUGGGAACACUCCGAGUCCCAUCGCCACACCGGGCCCAGUCUACGCCACCCAGGGCCCUGCGAACGCGUGAUGGCCCGUCGCUUUCACGCAAGUCGAGCCGGGAAGGUAUACAGAAUUACCCACCUGCUGCCGAAUCCGUGGAUCCCAGAGGUACCGCGCUGUCGAGAAAGUCUAGCCGGGAGGACUUCUACAGCUUAGCCCAAGUGCAGACUCAUUCUACUCCUCAGAUGCCGUCGAUGGAUUUUAGGCGCUCUAUGAGUUUCCAGACGCAGUCUGGAGAACACAGGGUACCAAAAUGGGAUGUUCAAGCGGAUCAUGGAGCAUCGCUCUCUGGUCAGCCGUCUUUUGAUCGAAGCAGACGCAACUCACUCGUCGCUCAACCCGAUGAGGGAAGUGCCCCUAUCAUCCGGCCUGGUUCCGCCCAGUACAUAUCGUGCAACCCACCUCCUCUACGCCAUCGCUCGAGCUAUAGUGACUAUGAUUACGUGGGCCAAGAGAGCAUUGCCAAAGACAACGGUCCAUAUCCGUCGAUGCCUCGUGCGAAUGGGCAAGUGUAUGUGUCUGAUCCAUGGAAUGGCACUCUCCUGCCGCAGCAAACCGAGCAGCAACCCGAGCAGCAACACGAGCAGCAACCCGACCAGUACGGACAAUACCGUCCGUACGUCCCACGGGCACCGCGCGCGCAUUCUCGGCACCGCAGCCUGGAUCAGUCCGGAAUUGCCGCUCCGUACCGCGUCCUUCACAGUUACAACUCACCAGCGUAUAGGCAUGCCCCGAUUUGGGGUUGA